AUGCAGCAAUUUUGCUGCAGCUGCAUCUCACGGUGCAGUGAUGUGUGUUCUCCCAGAGCUUCCCUGGAGACCGAGAGGUCGUGCUUUCAUCUGUAUCGGCUACAGCGGACGGAAGUGCUUCGAGCUGCCAUCUUCCGUUCAGCUCCGGAGGUGUUUCUUCCACUGGAGCUCUUGGCUGCGGCGGUUCGAGAGGCUGCGCCGGAGCUUUCCGACGACGAGGUGUCUCAGGUUUGCCGACUGGCCUUCGUGGUGGACAGAGGCUCAAAGCUUCCAUGUCAGGCUCCAGCCAUGUGCACAGAGAUUGACUGGGACCGUGUCUGGCAAGAAGAUUUCUCAGCAGUGAAAGAGUUCUUCCAUGCCUGCCUGGAAGUUCGGAGUAGUCCAGAAAGUGGUCGAGGAGUAUGGGCAGCAGGGCCGCUGAGAGUUGGGGAGCUUCUUGUCGCUGAGAGAGCUUUGGGCGUAGCUCCGGAAGCUGAACUGGGGCCAACUCUGGCGAAGAUGCAGUCAGACCUGGCCCCACUGAAUUGGAAACGGCUGAACCUGAUGUGUGACGGGGAGGAGCUGCCGACAUUCGCGGAUGCAGUGCCGCUGCCAGCAUGGCCGAGUCAGGCAUAUCCACUGUGCCCGGAGCAGUACAGCCCAGAACAUGCCAUCUCUGUGCGACGAAUGAGCCGAAUCGUUGACUUGAAUGCAUAUCGGUGCGCUUCCCCUGUGAGUGAAUACGCGUUCAUGGACGGUGAGCCGCAACGAAGCGAACAGGAGCGUCACGAGAGCUAUGGCGUGUUUCCCUUGGCGUCCUUGUUCAAUCAUGCCUGCACGCCGAACAUGUCGAAGGUCUUACUCAAGGACUGGGUGUUGCUGAGGGCGGCGCGUGAAAUCGAAGCAGGAGAGGAGCUGACCCAAUUCUAUUGCGACAUACGGAUGCCUGUUGAGAUGAGACAGAAGGAGCUGCAAGAUCUCUUUGGUUUCCUUUGUGGCUGUCAAAGGUGUCGCUUCGAGCUAUUACUGCAGAAGACGGAGCAGGACCUGGAACCCUGGAGACGACUCUACAGCUCAGAAGUCCCAGGAUUUCAUCAGAAGUUGGGACCCAUCCAGGUGUCUCAGCUUGAAGGCCUCGUCUGUGAGGCAGAAACAGCGGCCCGAAGGUCCUUUAAGAGCUUCAAGAGAGAGCAAAGCGACGCUGCAGAGAGCUGGCUUCUGUGGCCCCUGGUGCCUGCAUUCCAGCAGCUUGCGGCGCGGCUACGGCUGGACGGCCGACGAGCUGAAAGCAUGGAAUUCUGGAAGCGAGCGGAAUCAUUCGCAAGAGCAGUAGUUCCAUUAUCCAAUAUACAUCUCCACAUCCAUGCUGAGAUGCUUCUAACAAAGUGCAGCAAAGAACUGCUGGAAGAGAGUCUUAGAAUGGUGGCCGCAGCAUUUGGUGGGGGUUCAGCCGUGUGGCAGAGGCUAUUUGGCUUUCGGAUGACCAGAGAAGUAGCAGAACUCGCCGACGUGUGCAGCUCCAGCCUAAUGCCUGAGCCGUCUCCGAUCCACUAUCAAUGGGCGAGGUCGGCCAAUGGUACUUCGGAGCUCCUGACUCUUUGGUCGACAGCCUUUGAGCGACAGAGUGAAAUUGUGGUUGAUGUGUCGCCGGAAGUGGUUAUUGUGAGCGCACCAGGUGCCCUUCAGCAAACUGUCAGAUGCCACUUCAAAGCAAGGGUUGAUUCCAUCCUUACCAAGUUCUCGAAGCGCCGUCGAUGCCUGACGCUGCACAUCCCAAUGGAGCCGGACAGCGCAUCGGAAAAGAGUCAGCGGCGCAGUCUCUGCACCCCAAGCGCCCACAAACUGCCUCAGAAAGGCGGCAUGCUGCAUGGAGAGGAUGCCUAUUCCUAUGGCCAUCUUCUGGAACGUCUUGAAAACGACAAGAAGGAUUUCCAUCCCUUGAACCUGCGUGAGCGUGGCCCAGCCGCCGACAUGUGCCGCUACAUCGACCAGCGACUUCAGGCCCAAGGCUUCGUCUCUUUGGCUUCGGCCAUGCAAGACGCGGAGGUGCUGCGAGCUGACAUCCUCCUCGAUCGACUUCUGAACUACUUGCCGCAACCGAUUCGUCAAGAGGACCAGCGCGUGGUGGAGAACAUGCUCCGCCUGGGCCGCCCGUUGCGAGAUGGCAUGUUGGAUGCCGCAGAGUUCUGCCAAAGGUUUGAGCUGCUGGCACGCAACGGUGCCGUUGCUGGCCGGGAGCCCGUUGCACCGGUGAGUCCCUCACGGUCUGCCCGUGACACCAGACUGCAGCUGAGGGAGAAGGUUCGGCUGCCAAGCGCCUGGUUGGCUUGUCCCCGCUCUUGGGCCUCAAGGAUGCUCGGGCGCAACCGCGGCCGCCCGCAGGGACCUGCAAGCCGUGAGCCGCCGGUAGCUCCGCCACCAGCACCUCCAGAUGGCCCCCCGGGCCCGUCGCAGGACGCGGCUCAAAGGCCGGCAGGAGAUGACAGAGCACAAUAA